AUGGAGGACCCGCACAACGUAUCCUCCGCUUUAACGCUGGACAGCUUCAACAUAGCACCCGAGGGCGUCGUACCCGCCUUCCUCUUUGCCAGCCUCAGCUACACCAUCAUACUUUUCUGCAACCUCAUCCUCAUCCUCACCAUCGUGCUGAACAAACAUCUGCACCAGCCCAAGAACCUGUUCCUGCUCAACAUGCCCAUCAAUGACCUGAUCGGCUCGUCGGCCUUCUUCCUGCAGCUCAUCAAAGAGAUGGUGACCAGCAGCAGGAGCAUCGAGUAUUUGCCGUGCGUUGCUCAGGCCUUCUUUAUUCACAUCUACGCGGCGGCCACCGUGCUCAUUCUCACCGCCAUGGCCUACGACCGCUACGUGGCCAUAUGUUUGCCUCUGAAAUACAACUCCAUCAUGACCCACGCGCACAUGAUGAAGAUAAUCGGCGCCGUGUGGGUGGGCUGUCUGCUGAUGAUCGGGGUGCUGUUCUACUUGCUGCUGCGUUUGCCUCGGUGUCGCUCCAAGAUGGCGCAGUUGUACUGCGACAACCCGAGCCUGCUGAGUCUAGUCUGCGCCAGCACGGCUGUCAACAACAUUUUCGGCCUCUGCAUUGUGGCGUUCACGCAGGUGUUGGCCAACGGGAUGAUCUUGUACACGUAUCUCCACAUCCUGGUGGCGUGCUUCCAGUCCAAGCGCUCCGACACCAAAGCCAAAGCUCUGCAGACGUGUGCCACACACUUGUUUGUCUUCCUGCUGCUGGAGUGUCUGGGUCUUUUCACCAUCAUCUCAUACCGAGUCAAACACAUUCCCCCCAAUUUCCGUAGAUUCAUGGGCUCUUCUACUUUGAUUUUCCCCCCGACGCUCAACCCCAUCGUCUACGGACUGAAAACUCAAGAGAUCCGUGAAAAUAUAAUGCACUUUUUUAGAGCAGCCACCUCAUCCCGGAGCAGCAACAGAGCGUUGGCUCCCUCACACUGA